UGCUUCCGCCGCUUGACGAGAGGGGCUCGCGGAGCGGGGCGGCCCGCGCGAGUCGAUGCUGUGCUGCUUGGUGGUGGCGGCGGCCGGCGCGUUUCAAGUCAGUCGCCCCUCUGAUCGCCGCCGGUGAGGUUGUCCCACGAACGCCGCGCUCGCUUCGGGACUCGCCGACCGCUCGCUCGCUUCGCGAGUUUUCACCACGCGCGCUUCUGGCAAGCAAGAAGUUGGCCGUUGGCGCUCGGGUGCGCUCCCGUGAGCACCGCCCCUCCUGCUCCACCUCUCUCUAUAUAUUUAUUUUCUCUCUUUAGUUGAGUAAACCAGACUGGACACGAACGCUUGCCGAUCGGUCGUCUCGGCGUCCGAUUUCUUUUCCGCAGGUGAUUGCCGUUUUCCGGCCGGACAUUCGGAGUGCUUAUUUGAAAGUGUUUUGUCGACUGCGGUCGGCCGUGCGGUGGUUUCGGAGUUCGCCGGCCGAGCAGCAGUUACUGCACGCGCGUGCCCAUCGUCGUCACGACCGGUCUCAGAUCUAGUCCUUCCAAUUUUCUGCAAGAACAGCGACGGCGUUCCGGGCUCGUACGAGUUUGCCGUGACUUCUGAGACGACGACAGUCCUACGCUGAAAAGUUACUGCGGAAGUUUCGGUCGGACGCGGGCGUUGGUCACCCGUCAGUGACGUCAAGCGCAAAACAUUGCACCGCGCGCGCGCGCGUGAGCCGUGCGGCUUUUUCUGUUUCCCGCGUGGUCCCGCGGCAGCGAUGCCGACUUGUUUUGGCGUCGUGCAUGCGGCAUGCGAAGUGACUGACUGAGCGAUCGGGCUGUUGUGACUUGUUGGACCAAGCGUUUCGUUUACCCGCUCCUCCCCCGAGUCAUUGCGAAACUUAAUUGUGCGUGUGGCGGCAAGUUUUUCGUCUGCGUCGUCGUCUGCCUCCUCCACUACGUGCGUUCUUGUCACGCGCUUCCGUCGUGUGAAAGACAGCUGAGGCCGGACUCAAUAUAAAAGGCGUGCACGCUCGUCCCUCUCCUGCCGGCAGCCAGACAGACACACCAACGACCUCGAGGGAGCCGGCAGCAGAAGCGCGAUUUCUAAUCGCCGCCGCGGCCAUUGUGCAGUGAACUUUGAACGACGAGAAACUCAGCAUCACGCGAUGCGUCUUCCGUGGCUGCUCGCUCUCAAGGCGCUCAUCGUGAUGGCAGUGCCGCAGCGACACGAGCUGUCCAACGCCAUCGAGGACGUAUCUUCGGCUUCGUUGUCUUCGACUGCCAGCGGCGCGCUCGCCGAGGAGCAGACGUCUCCCCGCCGUCACCACGGCCAGCAGCACCAGCGGCUCAAGGACGGGGCCGCCGUCUCCCGGUUGCUGCAGGUGUUCGGGCUGCGCGAACCUCGGCGCCGCGAGCGACACCAGCAGCCGCCCGUCUACAUGCUCGAGCUGUACAACGCCACCGCGGGCUCCGGAGGGAUUACGCGAUCGGCGAACAAGUACAACGCCAACCUGGUGCGCAGCUUUCCCGACCGAGUGCGACGACACAACAAGCGUGGUAAGAAGAAGAGCAAGGACAAGAAGGCCACGAGGGGAAGCGGGGCCGCCAAGGAUAGUCCACUGCGCUUCUUCUUCAACGUGACACCCAGCGAAUCUGCCAAGGAGGAAGUGCUGCAAGCCGAGUUCCACCUGUACAAGCUGCGCCCCAAGCACAGGGCUCCGGACAGGCUUGGGGAUGCCAAGUCGCAUCUGCUCGAGGUGCGCGUCUACCAGGCGAUGCCGGGCGUCUCCCCACUGCGCGAGGAGGGUCACCGACUGCUAGACGUGCGGCGCAUGACGUACACCUCCGUUGGCUGGGAGGUGUUCUACGUCAAGGCUGCCGCCGUCGACUGGAUCAAGGACCCGUCUUCGAACCUCGGGCUGUUGAUGACGGUUCGCACGGCCCAUGGCCGCCGGUUGGAGGACGGCGUGCUUCGUUUCGCCAAGCGACACCAAGGUCACGUGAACAAGCAGCCCAUUCUGGUGGUGUUCAGCGACGACGGCAGGCCCAGCAGAGAGACGCUGUAUCCGACUGGCGCCUCCGGUGACGUCACUGGAGGAUGGCUUCCGGGACAGGCGACUGGCGCGAGCCUGCCGGUCGCCGUGCCAAAUGGCGAUGGCUUCACACCGGCUCCAAAUCCCAGGAGCGUGCGGGCGGCUCCGCAGACCUCGUCUUCCGGGGCCAAGUCUUCAGCGACGGGCAAGGUGCACGACGAGCCGUUCGGUUGCACGCGGCACGAGAUGUACGUGGACUUUGAGAAGAUAGGUUGGUCCAGCUGGAUCAUCUCGCCGAAGGGCUACAACGCGUACCACUGCAAGGGUCAGUGCUAUUUCCCGUUGGGCCAGAACCAGUGGCCCACCAACCACGCGACCGUGCAGAGUAUCGUCAACGAGCUCAGCUUGACGGCCGGAGUGGGCGCACCCUGCUGCGUGCCCAACAAGCUGUACUCCAUCAGCCUGCUAUACUUCGACGAAAACGAGAACGUGGUGCUCAAGCAGUACGACGACAUGGUGGCCGCUAGCUGCGGGUGCCACUGAAACCUCCCCAUAGCGCAGCGCAAUGAGCGGGUGGCCAAGCACACAUGCUCUUUGAUUGACGACACCCCGCGUCAUCGCCGGAUGGCUUCCGUGGACGCGGAAAUCGAGUCUAGCUGGACGCUAAGGAGUGGAGGUUAAGACGAGCGCAUUUUAACUGAGUGAUGGUGCAAAGACGCUUGAACUUAGCUGCAUGUUUCCUGCUCGAGUCCUUGCGCGGGACGAGUGGCAUGGACAUCUAGCUUCGUUGCGGUAUUUAUGACGAUGGGACUUGUCGGAAUCUCUACUUGGACUCUGUACGUGACGCAAGCACUACGAUGUCUGGUGCCGUAAAAGACGUGAAAUUAGCAGUAUGGUAUGUGUACGAGAGGCUAUUUGGAUGUAUAACGUCUUGGCUGUCUCUUCGGAAACUUAUCGUUUAGACAGUUGUCUUUAUAAGCCAUCAGCACUCGUUUGUUAUACUUGCGGUAUUCGACCUGCAGACUAUAUAGAAACUGCCUUGAUGUUGAAAACGUUGACAGAAUUGGCAAUCGUAAAGGUAUCAUGUACCUUGAAGGUUACUAGCUGUAGCCGACUGGUAAUGAUUUAAGAUGGCCUAGCACGCCACUUGAUGUCGAUGCGAUGUGUGAUCUGCCCAAAGACGGUUAUCCUUCGCGUUGAGGAGCUUCGGUCUCUCCACCUGCAAGGAUGAAGGGCUGUAGUGUUAGCUUACCUUGCACAUGUAAGAGCUUGAGCAUUUUUUGUCAUGGACAUCUCUUGCGAGCACUCGAUUACUGACGUCGAGCCUGUGCAUAGAACGGAAACUGUUAAA